CGUCGGUGCUAAGCGGAUUUUCCCCACAUGUAUUAUAUUGUCGCGUUGCCCGCGGUGGCUCUGCUGAUUCGACAGAGUAGUUGUGGUGGUCUCGCUAAAUACGUGGCGUGCAGCGGUAGCCAGUCACAACGGUUGUUUACAACAUGUAGCAUGCUAGCCCGGUGUGUAUUCGUUCCGCGUUAGCAUGUUAGCUUAGACGAGCUAGUUGACUGCGGGCAGACGCAGAGCUGUCACUCCAUUUAAAAACACAACUGACAGCCCGGACAUGAGCUGUUUUAUGUCUGUAUUGUGAUUUGUAAAUGUAAUUUGAGAUAUUCGUCUAGGGCUUUUCCGGAUUGCGGUUAGCCGGUUAGCUGGCUUAUCUUCUUGGUGUGUGCCAUAAAGGGGAUGCGGCGCUGCAGUCGUCGCCUUGUCUCCAGACAUCCGUGCUCGCGUUACCUGUCUGUCGGUAACAUGUCAGCGUCGUGGCUGUUUCCCUGUGUUAAUGUGCUGAAGUGUAUACAGUAGAGGAAUUAGAAGACAAUAUAAUGCAAAAGAAGAUGAAAAUUCCCAAGAUGUCCAUCGAGAAUUCAGGGAACUCAACUGAGAACAAUUUUGGAGAGGAGAGAAUGCCACUUAGGCAUAAAAAGGCUCUGUCUCAGGACCAUGGACGACCCCUGUCCAAUUCCUCCAAGAGCCUUGCUGCAGUAGUAGCUCGACUGGAGAGAAAUGCUGCCAGCUCUUAUAUGGAGGGUGAAGAAGACCUGGACGAGGACAGACUUGCUGAGGAGGGAGAGGAUGAUGAAGAUGAAGAUAUGGAGGCAGAACAUCAGCAAUAUCAUCACCAGCAGGAACAACAACAACAACAACAGCAUUUGGAGGUGGAUUCAGAUUGUGUGUCGGAGGUAGCUGCAGCCGUGGUUCCUAGAGUCUUGUAUGAGGAGCUAGUUCACAGCUACAGACAACAGGAGGAGGAGAUGAGGAGGCUGCAGCAGGAGCUGGAGAGAACCCGCAGACAGCUGGUACAGCAGGCCAAGAAGCUGAAGGAAUAUGGUAGCUUGUUGACAGAAGUCAAAGAACUGAGGGACUUCAACAGGAGACUGCAAGACGUCCUUCUUAUGAGACUGGGCAGCGAGCCUAUGCAUGACAAUGGCACUCAGACAAUCAAGGCCGAAGUUGUUGAACCCAUUGUUGAAGCCCAGGAGACAUGCAGAGAAGAAGCCAACACCAGUUCCAGCUAUUCGCCUUCCCCUAGAACAGUAUACACCUGCAAUGAUGGAAAGGUUCACCUUGGUGGUGGAAUUUGGGUAGAAGAAGAAAAGUGGCACCAACUACAACGCACCCAGGGAGACUCCAAGUUCACAAAGAACCUGGCUGUAAUGAUCUGGGGAACAGAAACCCUCAAAAACCGCAGUGUCACAGGUGUGGCAACCAAAAAAAAGAAGGAUGCUCUGCCCAAACCGCCACUGUCACCUAGCAAGCUGAAAAUUGUCAGAGAAUGUCUGUACGACAGAGUGUCUCAGGAGACAGCCGACAGUGCAGAGAUUACGCAGAGAUUAUCCAAAGUGAACAAAUACAUUUGUGAAAAGAUAAUGGAUAUCAACAAGUCCAUCAAGAACGAGGAGCGGCGAGAGUCCAAGCUGCUCAUCAGACAGACAGUCAAGAUGGAGAACUUCAGCUACGAUGGCAUGUAAUGAUCAACUGUUGUCACACCAGCGCCUUCUGCCCCCCCUCCCCAUGGUUCAAAGAUUAUUAAGGGGACUUGGAAUGGGUUGUUGGGAGACGUUUCAGGAGGCGUUGUAUUCUUUGACCCACUGGAUUGGUUAUUAUGUCAAUUUUUUUACACAAAUAUAACCCUUCCCAACUCCCUACAGAACAUCUUCAGUGCCCAGUUUCUUCAUUGGCUGAGAGACAGCUUUACCCAACAGCCAUAAAUUGACGAGUUAGUUUAGUAUGAGCUGGUAUGAGUGGUUUGUGUUCUUUUUAAAGAUUUAGAGUGGAGUGGUACAAAGACAUGGUUUAUUGAGGUGUAUGCAUUUGUGUCAAAAAGAGAUUAGAUAUGAUUGUUAAAUUAAUUUAUUGUUCUGUGUCAGAACAUAAUUUUGUGUCAUUAAACUUUUAAAAAGUAAGGUUAUUUCCCUAGACAAAGUCUUCUUGUGCUAGAAAGAUAGUGAUGCUAGCUUGCAUUAGAUUUUAGACUUGGAUGAAUUUUUGGUAACUACUAGAUAACUGCGGGUACUUACUUGCUGUUGGUACUUACUGCAUAGGCCGGGACAUAAUUGUCUCACGUGCACAAGUCUUAAUUGUUAACAGCCAUAUUACAUUUUUCAACAGAGAUUCUGUUGCUCGAAGAGAUGAUUUAUGAGUGUGUGCACUCCCCAAAGUAGGUCAAUUAGAACACAUAGUUUUAUUAAAGAGAGGGCUUAAGUGGGAAGCAUGACUCUACUGUAGAGUCUAUGGAGUGUUAUGGUUUUGCUUUGUAUGUUGACCUUUUACUUAGGGAUGGACAAUAUGGUCAAUAACAUAAUCAUCGUAAAUUAGUUUCAAAUCAGACGUAUUGAUAACUUUUAUUAUAAAGAAAUGUCAGAUAGUUAAAGAUUGAGGUUACUGAGAAUGUAGAAGAAAUCAGUUAUUGUGUUUUAAACUUUUUAAUACACAGACAACAAUUAGCAGUGUGUUUAAGAUGAUACGAUUAAGUGGUUUUGCACUAGAUCUGCAACUACUUUGAUGACUAGUCAUCGAUUAUUGAAGCAGCUCAUUUAUAGUAUUGUACAGCCUGCAAGAGCAUCAGACUGUUUCAAGUAAUCACCAAAUUGUCCAGUAGAGGGUGUUGUGAGUGCUUCUUAACCUGCAUCCAUGCCCUCUUUGCUUAUCAGAAGAACUGAACAGUGACAUUAAUUAUUCCUGGGACAAUGGAUGACACAAACAAUCUUCGUCUUCCCACAGUAGAUGCACAGAGUAACGAACAAAUCAGCUGUUAGCACAGCUGUUUACAGAGUCAGAGUAGGUAUGGCACACAAGCGUCUGUUGUCAUGUUGGAUGGAUAGACGAUGAGAUGACUCACUCUGUAAAAAAAACAGUAUUAUUCAGCUCCAGAGAAUGCAGUGACAUUAUCAACAAAUAAUAUGUCUGCAACUAAUUGAAAUCAUUGAUUUUUCUCUAUAAACUGCUAUUGUUAUUGUUAUUGAGUUAUUGCCCAGCCCUACGUUGAGUUUAGCGCAUUUGCCAUCAGCGAGAGAGCACAAGGAAAGGUUUAGAUGGCAUUUUCCUGCGUCGCUUUUAAUCAAACAUGUCACUUUCAGACGAUUUGACUGUUUAAUGGUUUGUUGUGGUACAGGCACGUUGAUGUCUCGAAAGGCCUUAAAUGGAUUUGGCAAUCACCAGGGACUGGUUUACCCCUGGGUUUUCUAGUAAGCUGUGAUUGUAAAUGUUGAGUGAGCUGAAGUUUUGAAGCGUCACCUUCAAUUUGCUGUGAGAAUGUGAAAGUGAUGGCUUGGUACUAUUUGAUGCCCAAUGUGAUUCUGCUGCUGAGUUGAUCAGAGCCGGGCUGCUUGCUGCCCCCCCAUCCUGUUAAGAGAUGCUGGCCUGCGUGAUGCAAUGUGGGCAAGAAAAUCAGAGUGCAGCUCUGCACGGAACAAGUCGUCCUCAUGUGAAAUCAGUGUGAGCUGUGGGUAAAGCUGUCUGAAAAACUGUUGUGCUGUUGAAGUUGUCUGGGCCUGCUGAACCCUAUAAUAACCCCCUCUUUUUUAAGCCAUGCCACUGGGGAACAAAGGAAGGUCGCUCCAGUGACAGCUUCCUCUGAGCUAUGCCAUCAGAACUUCAAAAAUUGUUUUUUCUUCUAUGUAUUUCUCUCUCUCUCUCUCUCUCUCUCCAGUUGUUUUAUUGUUUUGAUCCAAAAAGGUUUGUGUGGCUGACUGCAGGCUGGAACUAAAUGCUGCAGAUUGAAAUCGCAACUGUGACCUAUAGCUGUGGCAAACUGUGAAUCUGCUGCAGAGCUGCCCAUCAAGCCUUUCUCCUCGUCACACUCUAAAUUCUUGUUUGUCAGUUGGUUUAUUUUCUCUCUGUCAUUUUGUCUGUCUUGGUUUUUGUUAUCACAAAAGAUCAGAUCAGCCUUUUGUUAAGCUACCUUGUGUAUUGGGGAUAUUUUAGUGUACAUAAAAUCCAUCUUUAUAUUUUUUUUUUACAAAAACAUUGAUAUUUCAAUUUCUAAUCAUUUUACCUGUUAAAGUUUUAAAGGUUCUGGUCAAGUUGAAAUUAUUAGUUAAUGUUGUAAUUCCAUGUUACAUGACAUGGAUUUUCUUUUCUUCUUUUUUUUUCUUUAGCUUUCUUAUUUUUUUUGUAUGUUUUUACAUUUGAAUUGUUGGCUUAAAGAUAUUAUAUCCAGAUGUAGAUCAGUGAAAUAUACAAAAAAAAAAAAUCACCCUGUCUUAGCCGAAGUUAUCUCUGUGGGUUUAGAGAGACGAGACUUACCUGAACGUAGCAUUUAAAAAGAGCCCUUACAUUAAGCUACAAUCACAACAUGAUAGAAUCUACUCUCUAAUCGUCUCCCACAGUAAGAUGGAAAUCUGUAUCGUGGAACCGUUUCGAAGCAGUAUUUAAAUUGACAAAAAUCAUUUAUAUUGAAUGCACUUUAAACUUAUGGGCAGAUUAGUCAAUCUUAAAGAAAUGGUUUUUUUUGUUUGUUUUUAAAUGUCUAUAUAAAUUAAGGCCUAACAAUCAUUGUAUUAUCAUGAAGCACCUUAGGACAUUUUUUGUCUGUUCAUUUUUAAUGAUAAGAACAAGAUAUGAGAUGUAGUUUGGUUUGUUUCACAUAUGACAAACCACAGCAAACUUAACAUGUUUUAAAACAUUAUGUCCCCAAGUGAAAUAGUGAUAAAAACUGGAUUCUGCAUUUCAUUAUGGCUUUGUGAACGACAGCUGGCUUACGUAGCAAAUUGACAAGCAAACAAGCCAACUGCACUUCUCUUAUCGGUUCACCGAUUUUAAGAAAUUUACCUAUGGAAUGUGCAAGAUGACUGGAAUAUGUGCUUUAAUGAAACGUGUCAAGAUGCUGGUUAUGUAUAGACAUGAAAACCUAUAUGGAGAUAACUGUGUAUUUUUUACAAAUGAGUGAAAAAGGUAAGCCAAACUAUUGAAAGCUGAGAUCAAGGUAAAGGAGGAGGAUGAUGCUGACCAAGGAAUCGGCAUGAUUUGCACAAAAAAAAUGGCCUAUGCCAAUGUAACAGAGCAUAGUGAACCUUAAGCCACCAAAGGGUGACAUUUUGUUGAUAUAUUUUUGAGUUCCUUUUUUGUUCGUGUCCCCUCGUUCUUUUACCCCGUGUACAAAGGAACAUGUGAGAUGUACGUGUUCAAGCAUGUAUUUAAAAUACAUGCAGUUUAAAAGAAAAAAAACGAUUUCUGCUGUGCAAAAUAACCUUGCUGAAAUUCUGACACAUUGUUAUGUAUUGUGUUUGUUUCUUUAUUGUCGGAUGCCAAAAGGGUUUGCGGUUGGAAAAGGCUGGUUUUCUAGAGCGUGAUUAAGCCUAAUCCUUUAACUAAGACCAUCUUUAGUUGAUGAAAGCCGCAUGAAAGUACUGUUUUCAACCUAGAUUUUGGCUUUAACUGUGAUGACAAAGCCAAUCUCUGUCAGAUAUAUCAAGUCACUUGCAGAGGAGCAUUUUGGAAUUCAACAUACACCGAUAUAUAACCUGGCAGAGCCGUUAAUGGCUCUGUAAUACCAAAUUUUCCAGUUCUUUCAUUAUCACAUUCGCGUAGUACAAGGAAGUGUCACUGGCUUUGUGAUCGUCCUCCUGUGCGACCUCUAAGUCAUUACUCUCUCGACAUUUAUAUGGACUUUUAAAAUACAAGUGUAUGGAGAUAAUAGCAAAUCCCGUCCUCCUUGUGUGUUUUGGCCUAUGUUGUGAACAACUGUCAGAGCUUCAGAAGUGAGGUUGCCUCAUGUUUGUUUUUUUUUUGGGGGGGGGGGGAAGAUCAAUUUCUAGCUUCACUGUGUGGAACAAGCUGAAUAGCAUCUCACCCUUUUUGCAACUAAGGCUUUUUGAGAUACAUUAGUGUUUGAGCGUCAGAUAAAAUGUCAGACUUACUUGAGAACAAGACAAAUGGGAGGAACACAAUGCUAGGUCUAUAUUUUCUUAAGGUAUCAGUAACUUUGUAUACAAUCCACAAACCGGUUCUACUUCAUCUAACUUCACCGUCCUACCUCAUUGUUACUCUGGUGUUUGUUUGUUAGUGACUGUAAACUAUGUGUGUAUAUUAAAAAAAAAAAAGAUAAUAUUAAUACUACUAUAGGAAAAAGGUAUACCUGGUUACUCUCAACAUGUAUAGCAUAUUAAACUUGUUAAACACCUCAGUACAGAAAUAUCAUUCUUAAGAGAAAUCUCUUUUAUUUUGAGCUUAAGAUGCUGCUUUAAAGGGGUGCGUCUGCGUGAGGGGGUCGUCUCAGAAUAUAUAUAUAUAUAUAUAUAUAUAUAUAUAUGAAUAUACCUUUGCUCUUUGCUAUGUUGUGCAGUUGGUCAGUGGUUGUGUUCUGUCUCUGUAAUGCAUUCUGAGAUUUUUACUGGUUGACGGUGCUACCAGCAAACAAAACUGAUCUAUUGGACCUCAAAUGGUGCUGUUUUUCUAUGUUUUUAAUCAUACAGCUAUGUUUUAUUCAGGUGUGUCAACUGCCACUAUCCCCUCAGCUAAUCAGAAUAUAAGCCAAAAUAUUUUGCAAAACCAGUAACCCUGCUAUUACUGUAUCAAUUCUAUAUAUAUAUAGAUAUAUAUAUAUGCUAUCCAUCCAAAUAUUGUAGAUAAUGAUUAUAUCCUCAGCUGUGAGUUUCACAAGUACCUCAGACUUUUGCUGAUUUUCAAUGGAUGCAUCUGCUUCUCGCACCUGUUGUCUACAAAUAUUACAUUGUCGCGGUGUAUUUUCAGAUAUAUGCAUUUUUAACAGUUAGAUCAGGUUACACUAUAUGUAGUACGGGAUUAUUAACUCACACUCAGAUGGCUGUCCCAAGUGAGAGGAUGCCACUGUUCAUUGGUCGCAUUCCACGUAGUCAUAGGAAAUCUCAACUAAACUGGGCAGUGUAUAUGUAACAGUAGAAUAUCUCCUCAGCUAAAUAUAUAUAUAUGUAAAAAAAACAAAAAAAAACAUUUAAUAUAAUAUACUUUCAGGCAAAGUUAUGUUGUUUUACAGAGGACUGAUUCCAUUGGUGGUUCUUGUUUAUGGUUGAAAAACUAUUGAUUUGGUUGAAAAUGUCACACACCGCAGUCGUCAGGAUACAUUCACAAAGACUGCCGGGGAUUUUUCACAACGAUUCAUGUUUCAAGUGACCAUCUUAAUCUGUGAUUGACCAGUUGUAUCUCUGUGUCGUUGACUGUUGUUUGAGUAAAUCUGAGUUGUCACUACAGUACUGUGCAAAAGUCUUUGGGCACCACCAGCUUUGUUGUUUUUCACACUGCAAAAGAAAACAGCCCGACUAGAAAUAAGACAAAUAUUCCAAAAUUGAUUUAAAUGUUCUUGUUGUAAGAAAAACAAUAUGCCAAUAGGGUGAGUGGAUUUUUGCUUUGCUGGAAUUCUUAAAACUAGCUUGUAAAUCUAGUUGUCAUGUUUCUAAAAAUGAGGGAAAAUGGGCAAACAUGUAUUUAACUUGUUUAAAUGUAAGAAAGUUUAAGCAAAGAAACCAUUUACUUAAAAAAUGACAUAUAUUAAUUUUUCCCCAAAUCAAGGCUCAUUUAACGUUAUUGAAAAUGAGUUCUUGCAG